UCAUUUUGAUGAAUUUAAAUUUAAAUUCAUUACAUUUUCUUAAUUGUUACUGUUUGUUAGUUGAUUGUUUUUAAAUCGUUUUUGGUUUAAUUGAAAUUUUAUUUUAUUUAUUGGUGAAAAAUGUUGGAACCUUGUGAUGGGUACGUGGAUUUAUUGGAUAACCGGCAGAUUUUGAAGAAAACUCUAGUUGAAGGUAGGAAGGAUCGAGCCAGGCCCGAGAAAGGUUGUCGUGUUAAACUUAAUGUGACAACCAAAUUGAAAGAUUCUGGUGUUAAAAUUGAUUCUGAAUGUUAUGAAAAUAUUGAGAUAUUUGUCGGUGAUUGUGAUAUAAAUCAUGCCUUGGAUUUGGUUGUGCCUCAUAUGAAUGAGGGUGAAAUCGCCAAUGUUUUUGUCUCUGCUCAGUUUGCUUAUGGUGAGAAAGGUCGAGAUCCUGAUGUCCCAUCUGAUGCUCUUCUAGAUUUGACCAUUGAAGUUGUUUCAAUUGAACGGUUUAAAGAAUUAACUGAACUCGAUUCCAUGGAGAGAAUUAAAAUAGCUGAAGGUAAAAAGGAAAAAGGUAAUUUCUACUUCUCCCGAAGUGAAUAUUCAAAUUCUAUUGCCCUCUAUAAACGAGCUAUUGAAUUUCUUGACAUCGAUCCAUCAGAAAUAAAGGAUAAUGGAGAGAAGGAAAAAGUAUUGAAAAAACUAUCCGAUCUACAGGCGAGUUGUUACAAUAAUUUGGCUCAAGCUCAUAUGAAAAAAAAUUCUUACGAUGCUGCAUUAGAUUCUGUUAAUGCUUCGUUAGCAAUAAAUGAUAAUAAUGUUAAAGCCCUGUUUCGAAAAGGUAAAAUUUUAUCUGCACAAGGUAAUUUCCAGGAAGCACUGGAAGUAUUUAAAGAGGCAGUAGCUUUAGAUCCUGAUUCUAGUUCUCUCAAAGCUGAAUAUGAGACAAUAUCUUGGGCUUAUCAGAGACAAUUGGAAGAAGAGAAAAACAAGUUGGAACCUUAUGAAGGGUAUUUGGAUAUAUUGGAUAACCGGCAGAUAUUGAAGAAAACUCUAGCUGAAGGUAGGAAGGAACGAGCCAGGCCUGAGAAAGGCUGUCGUGUUAAACUUAAUUUGACAACCAAAUUAAAAAGUUCUGGUGCUAAAAUUGAUUCUGAAUGUUAUGAAAAUAUCAAGAUAUUUGUCGGUGAUUGUGAUAUACACCAUGCCGUGGAUUUGGUUGUGCCUCUUAUGGACGAUGGUGAAAUCGCCAAUGUUAUUGUUUCUCCUCGGUUUGCUUAUGGUGACAAAGGUCGAGAUCCUGAUAUCCCACCUAAUGCUGCUUUAGAUUUGACGAUUGAAGUUGUUUCAAUUGAUUGGGUCGAAGAAUUAAAUGAAAUCGAUGCCAUGGAGAGAAUCAAAAUAGCUGAAGGUAAAAAAGAAAAAGGUAAUUUCCACUUCUCUCGAAGUGAAUAUUCAAAUUCUAUUACCCUUUAUAAACGAGCUAUUGAAUUUCUUGACAUCGAUCCAUCGGAAAUAAAGGAUGAUGACGAGAAGGAAAAAGUAUUGAAAAAAAUAUCCGAUCUGAAGUCCAGUUGUUACAAUAAUUUGGCUCAAGCUCACAUGAAAAUGGAUGCUUAUGAUGCUGCAUUAGAUUCUGUUAAUGCUUCGUUGGCAAUUGAUGAGAAAAACGUUAAAGCCUUGUUUCGAAAAGGUAAAAUUUUAUGUUCACGAGGUUAUCUUGAUGAAGCACUGGAAGUAUUUAAAGCGGCGACAAGUUUAGAGCCCGAUAAUCGUCUCAUCAAAGCUGAAUACAUGCAAACAUCUAAGGCUUGUCUCAGACAAUUGGAAGAGGAGAGAAAAAUGUUUAAAAAGAUGCUCCAAUUAGACAAUAACAAAUCAACUGCCGUUAAACCAGAUAGUAAAUGGUACACACCUAAAACUUUAAUUAUUCUAACAUCGAUUGGUGUUGCAGCGAUUGGAGCUGCAAUUUACCAAAUUUAUGCUUUUUGAUGAGAUUGUAUUAUUAACCAACACCUACACUAAUUCAUUUAUCAUUCCAUAUUCACUUUUACUUUACUUUACUUUUGCUAAUUAGUCAUUGAAUAAACGUCACUUGUUGAUAUUCGUUAUUAA